AUGGGUGCCGCCACAGCUGAGGUGGAAACCGCCAUGGCUGCCGAAGGCGCCGAAGCAGGGGAACAGGAUGGGCGGCCGGGGGCAAUGCAGCUGCUGCAGCCAGGGAUGGCGCUGGCGUCAGGCAGCGGGCUGCAGCAGCCCAACACGGAGAUGGGUGCCGCCACAGCUGAGGUGGAAACCGCCAUGGCUGCCGAAGGCGCCGAAGCAGGGGAACAGGAUGGGCAGCCAGGGGCAAUGCAGCUGCUGCAGCCAGGGAUGGCGCUGGUGUCAGGCAGCGGGCUGCAGCAGAUGCCGACCCAUGCUGCAGAAGCGGCUGUCGUCGAGGACACUGCUGCAGUGGUGGUGAAUCACGAUCCUGAGAUGCAUCUUAAAAUUUUCUCAGACCAACACAAAACUUGGGCGGAGAUGCACAACCUGGAUUUGAAGGCCGACGAGGGCCAGCUCCUUGCGGCCAUCCUCCAGUGGCCUGAGCAGUAUAAACUCUACUGUGGGAGUGAGGGCUCCUUUCAUCACUCCUUUGCAGUAUGUGGAAUUCUGGUGGCGAAUGGCAUGUAUGCCCCAGACUUUAACAACCCCAAGCUGCAGGCUAUCAACCACUUCACUGAGGACAUGAAGUCUGCCCUGCUGUCUGGGGGGCUGAAGCAGUUUGAGCUUGCACUCCUUCUUGCGGGUCUGAAUGCACUCUGCCAGGGAGACAUGGGAGCACAGGGUCAGCAGGUCCGGAAGCGUGCAAAGUCUGCUGCAAGCAAUGACUGCAGCAAGAGGACAAAACAUACCGCACAGGAGAUGGCGGGCUUGCUUGAGAAGGAGUUUCACUCGGACAUCAUGUCUGCAUCCAACUUCAAGGACAUCCCGGAGGUGAAGGUUCGGAUUGCAGAACUUAUUAAUAAAUUUGGCAGAACUGAAGGUGCCGCCACCAUGGUGAUGAGCCAACCCCUGCCCAGCAGGGUGCCCAGCCUGGAGGAGAUGGACAAGUACAAGUCGGCAGGCGGCCACGUGUCCUACCUCAACAAGUACAACCUGGCUGACAAGACGAUUGGCUGCUAUCUGGCAUCGGUUUCCAUUGAGGACACCAUUGAGAUCCUGGUCAUUGGCAAGAUGAAGGGGCUGCACCACCGUGCAAAAUUUACCCUGCCUGAGCCUACCAAGACACUCGCCAUCAAGGACUACCCCUUGACCAUGUUUGAUAAAGUAUCCUGGCCUGUUCUGGGCAUCCUGGCUAACGACAAGGGCAGACAUGCUGUGCCCUGGGCAUGUGAUACCCUGGGCGUCAGUGCAAAGCAGAUAUCAUCAGCCUUGAAGGGGAACAACAUUUAG